UACAGAAAAUCGCUUUAUAUGUAUUUAAUACACACAGUAUUUGCUGCAACCAUAGAAACAACUACCGUACCAUUGCUAUGAUACCAUCGACCACGCUUCGCACUCAAUCCGAUACCUUCGUAAAGUCAGCAGGCAACUAAACGCAAUGCAAGCCAACUACCCUAAAAAGUUACCUAAACCCAUUUGGGACCGAGUGCAUUUACAAUAUCCAGUCAGGAAAUACCCUGAGACAGGGGUUUCCAGUGAAUUCAUCGGAAGAAAAUGGAGGGACCAACCAGAAGUCAUUAUGGACAAGAAAACACCGAUCGAGGAAAUAAAGAACUAUUUCCAAGAUUACAACGUAACGAAACAGCUGACAAGAUCUCAAACUACCGAACACUAUAACUUCAAACUCCCUGAAACUAAGAGGUUUAACAAACAUACUUCAUGCACUGAAAAUGAGUAUGUUUAUCCGCAGAGCAGAAGGAUUGAAGAUCGAGUCCCACAAUUGUCAGCACACGGCACAACAGAAAUGCGAGAACGUUAUACACCACCAGUGAUACCGUCGCGACUGGUGACGGACAAAGACCAAUAUAAACUUCCAACAAAAAUUCCACUUUAUCCAGUAAGUAAUUAUAAGCUUUAUUCCGAGGGUAAAAGCUCUUCGUUUUCAGAGUCUAACCAAUUGCCUAUUCUGGGUUUUUUGGAUUGAUUAUGAGCGUUAAAUUAGGUCAUAUUCUUAUAGACUAACUAGCUGUUACCCGCGACUUCGUUCCCGUGGGUAGAAGAAGAUAUA